GAAUUUCGCGCUCAUUUUCACAUGAUGAUCUCACUUGAAACACUGGUGUGAGACAAACGCUGGUGCGAAACAGUUACUGGGAGGCAAGGCGGAAGUAUUUUUCAGUUCAGACAACAGCUUGAAUCAAGAUGGAUCCAGUUUGGAAGUUUGUCCUGCUGCUGGCUGUGUGUGGAUCUGUCACUGGUGACUCCGCCAUCCCCGUGGGACACCUGCAACCUCUGGGGGGUCAUCGACCUCCUGAUGUUCCCAUAGAUGAGCUGCACACCAUCCCACAUCCACGGGAGUUCUGGGACAAGUAUGUGAAACAUGAGAAGGCUGUGAUCCUGCGAGGUGCUGCAAAAAACAGUCCUUCCUUCACAUUAUGGACAGAUGAAUACCUGAAGGACAAAUAUGGAAAACUAGAGGUUCGUUUAGAAGGAAAGAGGGAAAAACACAGCUGGCUUCCCAUUGGAGUAAAGGGAAUAGGACGAGACACCAUAGAACACUUCCUGGACACUUAUCACGACAGUGACGCGUACAUAGUGUCACAGUUACCCACGGACAUGUACCAUGAAGUCCUGGUACAGCCUUGUCUCACAUGUGGCAGCUUCAGGAACAGUCUUGUGGAGAUUGAUCUGUGGAUGAGUUCUAACGGUGGCAGCAGCAUUCUCCACAAGGAUGCCUUCAACGCCAUCAACUGUCUGUACAACGGCACCAAACACUGGAAAAUGAUCGAGCGCAAGUAUGAACCUCUCAUACACAAGGCUUGGGAGCCAUCACGAGAGAUCGGAGGGUACUCAGAAGUUAAUGUGCACCAGGUUGAUCUACUGCAGCACCCCAACAUGGCCAAGGUUCGCUGGUCCAACUUCACUAUUCACGCAGGGGACUGCCUGUAUCUACCCAAGAGUUACUGGCACCAAGUGGAGUCAGUAGGAGAUGUGAACCUUGCCGUGGCUCUCCUGUUUGCUAGGCUAGAGGAGUUUGAUGACUCUGACUGUGACACACAGAAGGUGGAGUACACACCCCUCAGCGACUUUCAGGUGAUGUGGGAUUGGCCAGGGUUUGGAAACAUGACCAUGGGACAUAUGGAUUUGGAGAUGGGGGCCAGGGAACAGCUGUAUGAAAUGGUGGAAGAGAGUGAUGAAGGCCUUACUCAAGAUUUCAUCUUUCAACUACUCAAGUUGGAGAUGCCUGAAUUUGAUGACGAGUUUCUUCUUGAGAAGGCUGAAAGGGGGUUUGCAGCUUUGGACGUGAACUCUAAAGGCAGUCUUGACUCUGACGAUAUCAAGGCCUUAGACUGGGACACACUUCGGGCCUUUAUCCUGGAAUUUGAAAACCAGGAGCCUUCCAACACAGAGCUGUUUGAGUACUCUUACACAACGGCCGAAGAAAUCAUGGACAUGAUUUUAAAACUGGUCAAGAAGAAUGGACAGCUGACCAGGUCUGACUUCAUUCAUGCCUACAUGACCCAACUUGGGGGCACUGAAAAGUUUGGAACAGAGGUUUUCGACAGGUUGGUUGAGGGUCAGGAUGAAGACAUGAUAAAGAUUCAAGACCUGACAGUGGAAAAACUGGAGUACGCCUUGGAGAACUGGCUCAUCCGGAUUAAACCUGAGAUGACUCCUGAGAUGGACGAGGAAUAUCAAGAGCGGAUGAAGGAAUUUGACCGAAAGAUUGGUGUACCUAAUGUAGCCGGUGAUGCUCAAAAGCAUACAGAGCUUUAGACACAAUGGUUGCCACUGGUACGGAGUACACAGUCCUGUAGUUGUUGGGUUGUCAUUCCAAACCUUAUACCCAAAAAGUAGUUUAAAGGCUUAUUUGUAGGGGUAUUUGUAUAGGUGGUAGGUAAUAGUUGUCU